UUGGCUUUCCCAGAAAAAACGGAGAUCAAAUGGGUUCCACAAAGGUCCCCCACAAACAGCAAACACGGCGUUUCCACUUUCCGCGUUUGGUCAAAAGACUCAAAACUCCCCUACUCUAUACGUCACGACUGUUAAUACCUCCGCUAUCUCAUACCCAGUCAAACACUCACCACGUGUCUAUUCACAGUUUUAAUCAAACGUCGUGAAACACCCUCCAACGACCGCCUUAAAAACCACGUUUUCAUUUUCUCAUCCCAACCUAUUUCAUUUAACUGCGUUUAUUCUUCUUUUCUCAGAUCCUCUCACCGAGUUAGAAGGUCUUGGAGAUGCCGUCGCCGUCAACGCCCAUAACGUCGUCGUAUUGGUGUUACAGCUGCAUGCGAUUCGUCAGCGUCUGGUCCGAAUCCGAACAAGGCGCCACCACCGUCAGCGUCUCUUGUCCGCACUGCGACGGCGGUUUCAUCGAAGAGAUCACCGAUCCCUCCUCCGCCGCCGCUGCCGAACUAACUCCUCCACCUUCCACCGAAGUCAGAUCGAUCAUCAACAACCGCAGAUCUAUAAUCAGACGCCGGAGAUCCACUCCUCAUCCUUCCUUUAAUCCAGUCAUCGUCCUCCAAGGAGGCGACGGCGAGAGAGACGAUGGAGAAGAAGAAGAGGCUAGAGAUCGACGACGCGCGUACGAGUUUUACUACGACGACGGAUCCGGAUUAGGUCUUAGACCUCUUCCCGAUUCUGUAUCGGAGAUCUUGAUGGGAUCGGGGUUCGAGCGGUUACUCGAGCAGUUAAGUCAGAUCGACGCCGCGGCGGGGAUCGGACUCGGUAGAUCUGGGAACCCUCCGGCGUCGAAAUCGGCGAUUGAGUCUUUGCCGAGAGUCGAAAUCUCCGAUUGCCACGUGGGCGCGGAGGCUAAUUGCGCUGUGUGCACUGAGGUCUUCGAGGCGGAGAGUGAGGCGCGUGAGAUGCCGUGUAAGCAUAUUUUCCACGAGGACUGUAUCGUUCCGUGGCUAUCGAUACGAAACUCGUGCCCCGUCUGCCGUUUUGAGCUGCCUUCGGAGUCUAACGGCGAGGAAGGUGAUAACAACCCCGUGGGGAUGACGAUAUGGAGACUCCCCGGAGGGGGAUUCGCGGUGGGGAGGUUUAACGCAGCGAUGAGAGAAGGGGAGAGAGUGUUGCCGGUUGUGUUGACGGAGAUGGACGGUGGUGGGGUUGGUGGUAAUAGUGAAGGUCCUAGAAGGAUCUCAUGGGUUAGAGCUAAUGGGACGUUUGAAUCAGGUAGUAGCAACGGUGGUGGUGGUGGCUCUGGCUCGGGAGGUAGAUUGAGACGGAUGGUUCGUGGAAUGGUGUCAUUGAUGAGGAGAGUGAGACCAAACCGUGCUGUUUCGUCUUCUUCGAAUCAACUGGGUGUGGACAGUGAAGUAGAAACUAGGGUUAUGGAUCGGUCGAAUUCAGUGCUGAGAAGAUACUUUGGGCGAAGCAGAAGUAACAGAGAUUCUUCAGUUCUGCAUUGAUGAUUGAUUUAUCUUUUUUUUUUUUGUUUGUUUGUGUUCAUCAUUCAACAAUGUAAAUAUAAGAAUAUUCAGAAGAAAAUCCGAAUAUUAUUUGAUUAUUUGUAUGUUACAUUAAAAUGUCUAAUGUUCAUUCAAGUUUUCAUCAUUUUUUAUUUUGUACUAGCUUUUUGUCCUGGAGCCAAAUCCUGGAAACUUUUCCCGAGAUUUUGUCUGUUUUGGUUUCCGAUAAAGUAAAAGGAUGCUCGACAGAGAAGGCCUAGUUGAGAAAGAGAUGCACAUAAAAAGAAAUGAGUCAAGUUGCCAAAUUUGAAAUUUCAUUCAACUGCAAGUCUUUUUAGUACAUACCUCGACUGUACAAGUUAAAUUUGGUCUGGAAUGGUCGACCCGGUCAAAAAUAUAUUGAACUAGAACUGAACGUUUGGGUAAUUAAGUUUUGGUUUAGUUCAGUUUUUGUUUAGUUCGGUUAGUGUAUAAUUAAUUGUGCCAAACUGCACCAAAAACUAAUUCAGCCUGAUAAUUUAGCAUUCACUUUGUACAAAUUCUGCUGGAUUUUAUUGAUUUUUUAAGUUUUGAAUAGAUUUUUAAUUUAAAGCAGUUAAAGGUAGAAAAAUUUCAGUUCUUUUGGUUAGUUUGGAUCAAAAUUUUAGUUAAUUUAUUAGUUCAGUUCACAAUUUGGUUAAGAUCGAUGUGAUUCGGUUUGAUUUCUUUUAAACACCAUACUUACUGAUUGCUAAAACAAUUCGUCACUGUUUGUGGUUGUGUCUGUCAGAGAAUGAGUAAGAGAGGAAAAUCAUGUACAGUAAGAAAUCCAACAAAAACAGUCAUAUAUCCGGUCCCACACUCCAACUCAAACCAUCGGUACUCAAUUUUUGCCCUUUAAGCAAACAUUUUUGUGAAAAAACAAAAACAAUACAACAAAAUGGUGACCAGAAUGGAGAUUGGAGAAGAAAAGUUCAGCUACGACAAGUCAUUAAGUUUGUGGUUGAGUGUGUAUGAGAGGGACAACAUUCAUGUAAUCAUAUCACAUAGAGUCAGAAAUUCAACAAAAACGGACAUAUCCGGUCCCACACUCGAACCCUAACCAUCAGUUCUCAAUCUUUCCUUUUAUAUAAUUCUCAUCCUUAUCUUCUUCUUCUUAGCAAUUUUGUGAAACACAAACAAGACGAAAAAAUGGCCUCUAUCGAAUUCGAUCCUUAUUUGGAGCGCAAAGCUUUCGAUGAUGCGAAAGAAGGAGUAAAAGGGCUGGUUGACGCUAAAAUAACUGAAAUCCCUCGUAUCUUCCAUGUCCCCAAAGAUUCCUUGACUGACAAGAAACCCUCUGUUUCAGACCUAGAGAUCCCUACCAUCGACUUUGCAAGCCUUCACGUGGACACAGCCUCGCGUGAAGCCGUCGUAGAGAAGGUUAAACACGCGGCUGAGAAGUGGGGAUUCUUCCAGGUGAUCAACCAUGGUGUUCCUUUGAGCGUUCUUGAAGAGAUUAAAGAUGGAGUUCGUAGGUUUCACGAGGAAGAUCCUGAGGUCAAGAAGCAAUAUUUCACGCGUGAUGACGACAACAAAAAGUUUAUCUACAAUAGUAACUUCGAUCUAUACAGUACUCUUCGACUUCUCUUAACUGGAGAGAUUCUUUCGUUUGUUACAUAGCUCCAGAUCCUCCAACUCCUGAGAGGAACUCCCAGUGACUUGCAGGGAUGCGCUUUGUUCAAAUACUCAAAACAUGUGAUGAGUUUAGGUGGUUUACUCUUUGAGCUUCUCUCAGAAGCACUAGGAUUGGAAUCUGAGACCCUUAAUAGGAAGGAGUGCUUGAAGACUUUGCUUAUGGUCUGCCAUUAUUACCCACCUUGUCCAAAACCUGACCUAACUAUGGGGAUAAGUAAACACUCAGACAACUCCUUCCUCACGGUUCUUCUUCCAGACAACAUCGGUGGUCUACAAAUUCGUCAUCAAGACUCUUGGGUUGAGGUGGCUCCUCUCCUGGAUCUCUCGUCAUCAACAUUGGAGAUUUCGUGCAGGUAAAGACCAAAUGGGUUAUCCGGUUCCACUGUGCAACGGCUUGUAUGCACGACUACUUCUAAUGGGGAAGUCAAACGGAGAUCAGUCGAGUCGAGAGAAACCACCGAGGAAGAAGAAUACGGUGUGUUUCCGGUGAUGGAGAGGAGGAGGAAGAGGAGUGGUGUGGUGUGGAGAGAAUCGUUUCUGUUUUUACUUGGUUAAGCAAUUCGCUUACGAUGGCCCGGAGAUUAAGGCUAAGAUCGAUGAAGCUGAUGAUGAGAUUUAUAAUUGUAACAAUGAGAAGAUUCUCAUUGCUAAAAGGGCUGAGAGGUUCUCUGCCUGCUUCAGUUGAGAGUUUGGUGUCAUCACUUGAUGGGUACGAUGUAAUGAAGGAUAAAGAAAUUAAUAGCUUGAGUGAGAGAUUAAGUGAGAUUAAGAUGGAAAUGGAGUUGUUGGAUGCUCAAAUGGCUUUUUCUUUAUAUGUUGUGUUAGGUUGUCAUGAAGAAUGCCAUAGAAUUAGCUACUUCUGGAAACGUUAUAGAUCCUGAAGAACUUUCGGAUUCAGAGGGUUUUGUCAGUUUAUUGGGUGGGUGUGUAUAUGUUUGUCUCUGAGAUUUGAGCUUGUGUUCGUACUGUCUUUGUGUCUUGUAUUUUCAAUAGAUUGGUAAAUUUAUGUUCUCGUUGGAACAAUGACAAAGCUUUUAGGGAUAAAUUUAUUCAGUAACUACAAUUCUUAUUUGGAUGUCUUGUUGUUUUUCUUGAAUAACAGUGUGAAAGAUUCUAGUUUUCGUUUUGUGUUUCAGGACAUUGAGAAAGAGAAGAGGAGCGAGAAGCUUUUUUUACUAGUAUUAAGUUAUUUUAACUUGUUUUUUGAUUUUGUUUAUGACUAGAUUUGAUGGUUACAUGUUCUCUUAUGGAGUUCAUGUCUUUCAUGAAUUGAUUUUGUAUGUUUUGAAUAUUUAAAGGAAAAGCCUAUGGUAUUUUAUGAUUUA